AUGGAGGCGCUGGUCAACACUGUGCUGCUGGCUGCACACCCGAGCCUUCGCGAGCGCUGCAACGCCGCAAAGGUCGUGUCGGUCCUCGAGGAGCUCGGGGCGUACGACUCGUCCGCACUGCGGUCACUCCUCUCGUCGUUCACCGACACCGUCGCACACAAGCUGAAGGAGGAGGAAGCAGCACCGCCAGCUCUGGUCGCCGCGCUGGCGACGCAUGUCGACUCGGGCAGCCUAUCAGAGCCUCAGAACAUCGGCGGCGCGAUGGACGCGACAGCUGCAACCUCCUCCUCGAGCAGCGCCGCCGCUGCUGUCACCCCGAGGACGGUGAAGGCGAAGGCCGGCGGCGGCAAGCAUAGCACGCUGCAGCAGAAGUCGAUCGGCGCGUUCUUUGCUGGUGGCACCAGGACUACGUACGCGACGCUGCCGGGCAUAGGCCGUCAGAUCAGAUCCGUUACCUCGCUCACGCCCGAGCAGCUGCAGGCUGUGGGCAAGGCGCCCGAGAAGUUCACGUCGUGCGCCAAGGGCUGUGGGCAGACAUUCUUGCACGGGCCUGCGCGCGUUGCGCACGAAAAGUUCUGCAGCGCACCAAAGCUGCGCGCGGAUGGCGGCAUCAAGCAGAGUGGGCUCCGCCAGGGCGAGAAGAAGGGCAUGAAACACUCGCUCUACUUUAAGCUCGAGGUGGUGCGCACGCUGCGCAGGUUGCAGAGCCUCGAGAAGCGCUGGGAGAAGGCGCCGAGUGGCUGGCGUGGCGCCGGCAUCGAGACGUCGGAGAUUCACAAGGGCGUACACCCCUCCCUCGUGUCCAAGUGGGGCGGCAAGGAGGACGAGCUGCACAUGGCGCUGCAGCACGAGAACCGCGUCAGCCGUAAGCAGAAGCACCGCACCGGCACGAUGGCGACGUUCCAGUCGCGCGGCGCACGGCGGACGACCCUCCAUCGCGGCCGCGCGCCGCCUUUCGCUGCGGUCGAGGUGGAGCUGCACAAGCGCUACCGCGACAAGCGGACGCGUGGCGAGCGCGUGACCGGCCAAUGGCUUCGCGUCUCCAUGAAGCGCCUCGUGCGCGAGUUCGCCGGCGCCGACGUGGCCGACGGCUUCAAGGCGUCCAAGUGGUGGCUGCGGUCGUUCGCGCGGCGCUUCGGCAUGUCGCUCCGGCGCAAGUCGAACAGCCGCGCCGAGUCCGUCCUCGUGCGGCUGCCGAAGAUCAAGCGCUGGCACGCGCGCCUCCGUCGCCGCCUCCGUGGCGGCCUGCAGGAGAAGCUCGACCCAAAGUGGGGACGCUGGUUGCCGCGCAACCGGCUGAGCGUCGACCAGGUGCCGUGCAACCUCCGAGCGGGCGAUGGGCGCACCUACGACGACACGGGCGCCAAGCGCGUCUGGCUGGCGGGGGCGAAGGCUGACGACGGCAAGCGCUUCUGCACGCUGCAGAUCGUCGCGCGCGCGAGCAACGGCGACGCCUCGAUGCCGCGGCACGGGCAGCCCAAGCUGUGCGUGAUCUUUCGCGGCCAGGGCAAGCAGAUCUCGCAGAAUGAGCGAGAUGCGCGCCACUCCGACGUGCAGGUGCGCUUCCAGCCGAAGGCGUGGGCUGACGACCAGCUCUGCGAGGACUUCGCGGACACGACGCCCGAGCACCUGCGCAACCUGCAGCGCCGCGCCCACUGCGACCGCCACCUGCUGCCGACUGGCUCGACGGGCGAGCUGAUGCUCAUCGACGGCGGCAUCGGCGUCCGCCUCAAGAACCUGAUGGGCGACGAGAUGGACACGUGGCUCGAGCAGCCGGGCCACCUCGAGCGCUGGACCAAGGGCCCCAAGGAGGGUGGCCUCAAGGCGUGGCAGAAGCGUUCGCUCAUCACGCAGAUCGCGGGCCGAGCGUGGGAGACGCUCUGCGCCACGUAUGACUUCGAGAAGUCGGCGCGCAGCCUCGGCCUGCUCAUGACUGUCGACGGCUCCGGCGACGAGCACAUCUGCGUGCAGGGGGUGACGGACUACACCUUCAAGGACGAGGACGGCGGAUCGGACGGCGGGGAGAGCGAGGCGGACGAGGACGAGGCGGAGCUCGCCGAUGACGAGGACGAGGACGACACCGCCGUGCGCAUGCAGGCAUGCGGCGAGGCUCCGGCAAUGCCCCCGAAGGGCUACGUCUAUGCGGCGACGUGCCCGCCGCUGGCGAACGACGACGAGCAGCGCGCGCUGUGCCGGCGCAAGAUCCUCGCCGCGCACCUCCUCGACGGCGCCACCGGCUGGUACGUUGGCACCGUGCAGCACUUCGGCGUGGGCUCCUCGUGGCGUCAGCCUGACGCGACGCACAUCGUCAUGUACUCCCAGAAAGAGACGGGCACCAAGCACCUCGCGGGCCGUGUCGCGUGCAAGCUAGCCGCCGACAACUAUGGCGCGAGCGAGUGGUGGCUCCUGCUGGAGCCGGCGCCAGAGAGCUGA